GGCCGCUGGCUUGCUCGCUCUCGGCGCUGCAGAGGCUCUGAGACGGCGGCGGCGGCUCCCUCAUCCCUCCCUCCGGUGUCUGUCGGUCCGUCCGCGCGAGCGUCAGUCCGUUCGGCCUCGGUCCGGCCCGCAGCAUGGCCGGCGUCAGCUUCAGCGGCCACCGCCUGGAGCUGCUGGCGGCGUACGAGGAGGUGAUCCGGGAGGAGAGCGCGGCCGACUGGGCUCUGUACACGUAUGAGGAUGGCUCAGAUGACCUCAAGCUUGCAGCCUCAGGAGAAGGGGGCUUGCAGGAGCUCUCUGGCCACUUCGAGAACCAGAAAGUGAUGUACGGCUUCUGCAGCGUCAAGGACUCCCAGGCCGCCCUGCCAAAAUAUGUGCUCAUCAACUGGGUUGGCGAAGAUGUGCCCGAUGCCCGGAAAUGUGCUUGCGCCAGCCACGUGGCUAAGGUGGCUGAAUUCUUCCAGGGUGUUGACGUGGUUGUGAAUGCCAGCAGUGUGGAAGACAUCGAUGCUGGGGCCAUCGGGCAGCGGCUCUCCAAUGGCCUGGCCCGGCUCUCCAGCCCGGUGCUGCAUCGGCUGCGGCUCCGGGAGGAUGAGAACGCCGAGCCGGUGGGUACCACCUACCAGAAGACAGACGCAGCCGUGGAAAUGAAGCGGAUUAACCGGGAGCAGUUCUGGGAGCAGGCCAAGAAGGAGGAAGAGCUGAGGAAGGAGGAAGAGCGGAAGAAGGCCUUGGACGCCAGGCUGAGGUUUGAGCAGGAGCGGAUGGAGCAGGAGCGGCAGGAGCAGGAGGAACGUGAGCGGCGCUACCGGGAGCGGGAGCAGCAGAUAGAGGAGCACAGGAGGAGGCAGCAGACUCUAGAGGCUGAGGAGGCCAAGAGGCGGCUAAAGGAGCAGUCCAUCUUUGGUGACCAGCGAGAUGAGGAGGAGGAGUCCCAGAUGAAGAAGUCCGAAUCCGAGGUGGAGGAGGCAGCUGCCAUCAUUGCCCAGCGUCCUGACAACCCUCGGGAGUUCUUCAGGCAGCAGGAGCGGGUUGCGUCGGCCUCCGCUGGCAGCUGUGAUGCGCCCUCACCCUUCAACCACCGGCCAGGUCGUCCGUACUGCCCUUUCAUAAAGGCAUCGGACAGUGGGCCUUCCUCCUCCUCCUCUUCCUCCUCUUCCCCUCCACGGACUCCCUUUCCCUAUAUCACCUGUCACCGCACCCCAAACCUCUCUUCCUCCCUCCCAUGCAGCCACCUGGACAGCCACCGGAGGGUGGCGCCCACUCCCAUCCCCACCCGGAGCCCGUCUGAGUCCAGCACAGCCUCUACCCCUGUCACGGAGCAGACUGAGAGGGCCCUGGAUGAGGUCACAUCCUCACAGCCUCCACCCCCGCCUCCACCACCCCCACCAGCUCAAGAGGCCCAGGAGUCUACCCCUAGACUGGACGCCGAGGAGACCAGCAAGGAGGCCAAAGCAGCAGCGAGCCCUCAGGCCUGGGCUGGCUGUGCACAGGAGCCCCCUCAGGCACAGGAACCCCCCCUGUUGCAGAGCAGCCCCAUGGAGGACUUGAUGUGCACAGACCUCCCAGAGCAGGCUGUCCCGGCCGCCCCCGCAGAGCCCGCUGCCUCUGUCACCUCAGUAGCUGAUGCCCAUGCGGCUGACACCAUUGAGACCACCACUGCCACUACUGACACCACUGUUGUCAACAGUGCCAGCCCCGCCACUGCCAGCCUCAUUGAUCUAUGGCCUGGCAAUGGGGAAGAGGCCUCAGCACCUCAGGCUGAGCCCAGGGCACCCACACCACCCUCAGGUGCUGAGGCCUCCCUGGCAGAGGUGCCUCUGCUGGAGGAGGCACCUCAGGAGCCGCUGCCACCAGCGGGUGAAGGCUGUGCCAACCUUCUGAAUUUUGACGAGCUGCCAGAGCCUCCGGCCACCUUCUGUGACCCAGAGGAGGAAGCAGAAGGGGAGCCGGUGGCUGCCUCCCAGGUCGUAACGAUGCCCUCGGCUCUAGAGGCGGUAGAUCAGGUGCUGGAGCAGGAGCUGGAGCCAGAACCUCACCUGACCAAUGGAGAGGCCACUCAGAAGGAGGGGACGCAGCAGGCCAGCGAAGGGUACUUCAGUCAGUCCCAGGAGGAAGAGUUCGCCCAAUCAGAAGAGCUGUGUGCAAAGGCUCCGCCUCCGUUGUUCUACAACAAGCCUCCAGAAAUAGACAUCACCUGCUGGGAUGCAGACCCGGUACCCGAAGAGGAAGAGGGCUUCGAGGGUGGUGAUUAGUAGUGGCCAGUGCCCCCUGGCUGCCCUCGCCACGGCCGCCCACCUGCAGUGGCCUCUGGCCAGACGGCUUGCAGCGCCAGCGUUAGCAGCGGCCCCGCCUGGCUCGCACUCCGGAUCCCGGCGCUGCCCGGGGACCUGUCUGCUUCCCCGCCCACAGGGCCUGACUUUUACAGCUUUGUCUUUUUUUAAAGUUGAUAGACUUGACUGGUUCUCCUCCCGUUGGUAGUUGAAACGCUGUUGCAGAUUCCGCCCCUUCCUGCCCAGCCCAGACUGUAGCUUAGUCCUCCCUGCUCGGCCGAGCAGCCAGGAGGCCUCACCCUGCUUGGGACCUGGUGGGGGGCGGGGGCUCCGGUGGGAGAAAGGUUCCCCCCCAUCACUUUUCCUAGUUUUAUGUUUCUUGGAAAAAAAAAAAAUCACUUUGUAUUCUCUAUCCAGGGCUUCAGAUAUUUUGCACGAAAUUUAAAACAUGGCAAUAAACGGCUCGUGGGCUCUGGCUCCCUGGGA